GCGAGGAUUCCAAGGUCCCACCGCCCUCACAGCCAAUGAGGGGCUUGAGAGGGAGGAGCUUGGGGCGGCUCGGUGCAGCUUGAGCUUCUGAGGGAAUCAUCCCCAGUAGAUGCAGUGGAGUCUGAGCUCUGCUGCUCCUGUCACAGCAGAACAAAAUUCAAAACAAAACAAAAAGAAAAAGCAGAAGAGGAGAAACGCUGCAGAGUAUGGAACGCUGUAGGUCUUUCUGAAACAUUUACUGGGGAUCCCCGUGGAGCAUGAGCUUUUAAACAAUUCUUUUUGAAGCCGGUUUGGGUAACUGGGAAAAUGAUACAUAUGCUAAAUGCAGCAGCUGAUCGAGUGAAAUGGACCAGAUCCAGUGCUGCUAAGAGGGCUGCCUGCCUGGUGGCUGCGGCAUAUGCUCUGAAAACCCUCUAUCCCAUCGUUAGCAAGCGUUUAAAGCCAUCUGACCACAGGAAGAAAAAAGAAGCUUACCUGGCUGCAGGGAACAGAGAAGUACUGCAUUGCACCGAGAUUACUUGUAAAAAGGCUUCGCCUGGAGUGAAUGCAGAUUUUUUCAAACAGCUACUAGAACUUCGGAAAAUCCUCUUUCCAAAACUUGUGACCACUGAAACAGGGUGGCUUUGCCUCCACUCGGUGGCUCUAAUCUCCAGAACCUUUCUCUCUAUCUAUGUGGCUGGUCUGGAUGGAAAAAUUGUUAAAAGCAUUGUGGAAAAGAAGCCUCGGACUUUCAUCAUCAAAUUAAUCAAGUGGCUUAUGAUUGCCAUCCCUGCCACCUUUGUCAACAGUGCGAUAAGGUACCUGGAGUGCAAAUUGGCUUUGGCCUUCAGAACUCGCCUGGUAGACCAUGCCUAUGAGACCUAUUUUACAAAUCAAACUUAUUAUAAGGUUAUCAACAUGGAUGGGAGGCUGGCAAACCCUGACCAGUCUCUUACUGAGGAUAUUAUGAUGUUCUCCCAAUCUGUGGCUCACUUGUAUUCCAACCUGACCAAACCAAUUUUAGAUGUAAUCCUGACCUCCUAUACACUCAUCCAAACUGCUACAUCCAGAGGUGCCAGCCCAAUUGGGCCCACCCUAUUAGCAGGGCUUGUGGUGUAUGCCACUGCUAAAGUGUUGAAAGCCUGUUCUCCCAAAUUUGGUAAAUUGGUGGCUGAAGAAGCUCACAGAAAAGGCUAUCUGCGGUAUGUGCACUCCAGAAUUAUAGCCAAUGUUGAAGAGAUUGCCUUUUACAGAGGCCAUAAGGUAAGAGAAAUUAAGGUGAUGGGAAACGUUAUUGAUGUGGAUCAUGGAAUUAUUUGUGAAAAUGUUCCCAUAAUUACACCAACGGGAGAAGUGGUGGCUUCCAGGCUAAACUUCAAAGUAAGAUGAUAUUCAAGAAUCUUCUGAUUGUUGCCAUCACACUAAUACAAAACAACUCAGAAUUCAUGUACCUUAUGUUAAAUACUUGGAGGAGCAUAUGGAAAGGAGGGGAAAUCA